GGGGCGGGACUUCCGGCGUCCUCUUGUUGGCGGUCAUUUUGGCUUUUCAGGGCUUACGGUGGUUUGGGGAUGCUGCCGUAGACCUGGUUUGGGAGUGAGCUGACGGGGUCAGAGAAGGGUCGAGAGGAGGCGCUGUCCCCACCGCGCAGAUUUGGGUCCACGGCUCGGGGACGCCGCCCAGACUGCCCGCGCCGGGGCCGGGACGGGGACCGCCGGCCCGGGCGCCCGCUCCGCCACAGGGUCCGAUGGCGGCGGCCGCGCGCAGGGACCCGGCUCCGGACAGUGUGACAUUUGAAGAUGUGGCCGUGUCCUUCUCCUGGGAGGAAUGGGGGCUCCUUGAUGAGGCUCAGAGACGCCUGUACCUGAAUGUGAUGCUGGAGAACUUGGCACUUGUGACCGCCCUGGGUUGCUGGCAUGGAGCAGAGGAUGGGAAGGCACCUUCAGAGCAGGCUGCUUCUAUAGGAGUGUCACAGGUCAGGACUCACCAUGCAGGCCCAUAUCCCCAGAAGGCACACCUCUGUGGGAUAUGUUGUCUGGUCUUAAAAGACAUUUUGGGUGUGGCUCUGCAUCAGAGAACACGUCCCCAGUUGAGAUCUUACACAUGUAGGAAACAAGUCUGUUUCACUGCAAACCUUCGCCAGCAUGGGAAGCAGCACAGUGGAGAGAAACUGUUGAAAUGGGCUUCAUUUGUGAAGAGCUGCAGGUCCCAUGUGUCAGGGAAGUCCUUUACCAGUGGGGAGGUUGAUAAGGAUUUCCUCGCUAGUUCAGGCCAGCACCAGCACCAGGCCACUCAUAAUGGGCAGAAACCACACGGUUGCACCGUGUGUGGGGAAGCUGUUCACAGUGGGAAGAGCCGUUGCAGUUGGUGUGAAUGCAGGAAAACCUUUAGCCACAAACACACUCUUGCUCAACACCUGCGUGUCCGCACUGGAGAAAGGCCUUAUGAGUGCAGUGAAUGUGGGAAAUCCUUCACCCGAAGGUUUAACCUCUUUCAGCAUCAGAAAGUCCACACCGGAGAAAGGCCCUAUAAUUGCAAUGAAUGUGGGAAAUUCUUCACCCACAUCUCCAGUUUCAUUCAACACCAGAGAAUUCACACUGGGGCAAAACCUUAUAAAUGCAGCAGAUGUGGGAAAUUAUUUGGCCAGAGCUCCAGCCUUAUUGUACACAAGAGAGUUCACACUGGAGAAAAGCCUUAUGAGUGCAGUGAAUGUGGGAAAUCCUUUAGCCAAAGUUCCAGUCUCAUUAAACAUCAGAGAGUUCACACUGGAGUGAGGCCUUACGAGUGCAGUGAAUGUGGGAAAUGUUUUGGUGACACCUCCAGCCUCAUUAAACACCGUAGAGUUCACACUGGAGAGAAACCUUAUGAGUGCAGGGAAUGUGGGAAAUUUUUUAGCCAAAGUUCUGGCCUCAUUCAACACCAGAGAGUUCACAGUGGACAAAGACCUUAUGAGUGUAAGAUAUGUGGGAAAUCCUUUACCCGAAACUCUGACCUCAUUCAACACAAAAGGGUUCACACUGGAGAGAGGCCUCAUGAGUGCAGGGAAUGUGGAGAAUUCUUCAGUGACACCCAGUUUGCUCAACACCAAAAAAUUCACAUCAGAAAAAGGUCUCAUGAGUGCAACAAAUGUGCAAAAGCUUUCAGCCGAAGGUCUAACCUCAUUAGACACCAGAAAGUUUACCACCACACAGAAAGGCCAUAUAUGUGCAGCAAAUGUGGGAAAGCCUUCAGUCAGUGGUCUGCUGUGAUUCAGCACCAGAAAGUUCACAAUGCAGAUCGGCUUUAUGAGUGCAGUGAAUGUGGGAAAGCCUUUAGCCGAAGGUGUAACCUCAUCCGACACAAAAAAGUCCACACUGGAGAGAGACCUCAUGAGUGCAGUGAAUGUGGGAAAGCCUUCAGCCGGAAGUCUCACCUCAUUGGGCACCAGAAAGUUCACACAGCAAAGCCAUAGCCAUGCAAGGAGCAGGCUUUCUACAUGUUUGAUACAAUGACAUUGGAGGAGAGCCUUUGUGAGGGAGACGUCUUCCUGAAGUUGAACUCAUACAUCUGAAUAUACACCACAGGGAAGAUUCCCUGUAAGUUCCAGGUACGUGGGAAGCUUCUAGGAACCAUAUUGUGCUUCCUAACCGGCUUGGGGUCCUUGCUGAAAUUGUGUGACUGCCAGUUUUCGUAGUAUAAGUCAGCGCUACUGCCUAGAAAGGCCCCCAUGGUAUGCAUCAGUUAUCCCACUGUUUAGGGAAGUAGAUCUCUGUGUUCUGUCUGGAGAAAAGAAUGAGCAACCUGAGCCUUUAGAGUAACAUCAUUCCCUUUUCUCUGAUUAAUGUGUAUACCUGACCCAGUUUUCUCCCAAAAGACCUUAUCUGGGUUCUACUGGUGGCUUGCAGAGAAGAUUUGUCUUCAGGGACACUGGUUUCAUAUGACACUUGUGAUGGAUUUUUCCAGUCUCCAUGUCACCAACCCAUAAACUGCCUGCCUGACCUUGCUAUGACUUGUGCAAUAAUAAAGGCCUUAUUGUUUAAGCCACCUUUAAUCUUGGGGGUUGUAUUCACUAACUGGUUGCUUUGAAAACAUCAUGAAGGGGUAAAUGGCUUGUGUGACAGUUCCCAACUUUGGUGUGCCUCCAAGGGCAACAGGCUUUGUACAACUAAUAUGCAGCCUGGAAGCCAAGAUUUUUUUGUGGGCCCAAAGGUCACAUUGAGGAGCGGGCACUUGUGACCAUCCCCAGUGUUUCUGGGAUUGGUUCCUUUGUUUAUAGUGCGUAUCAUGUAAUGACCACACAGCUAAGGGGACUUUCUUCCCCAGGUCCUUCAGAAGAGUCACGUGCCCUGAUGCCCAGAAUUUGGUAGGGUAGUGUCACUGGUUUUAACACUAAAGGACUCAUAGUUGGUGGGAAUCAUAAUUCCCGGGGGGCGGAAAUCAUAAUUGGUGAGAAACAUUGGGUUGAUAGGGAAUGCUGGAGCCUGCAAUAAAGUAGAUGGAACAUCCCUCUUCUGAAAGUGCACCCACAGCUAUUUCAGUGUCUCUGGCUGUGUUGAGUGAGUAUGUACCUCCUGGCCUGUGUAUCUUGAAUAGCUGAGGUCAUUGGCAGAGAGAAAUUAAGGUUUUGUGGAUUCCUGUUGCUUUCUGGGCUGUUGACCUUAAGACUGCACAUGCAGGAAAACAAGGAUAUAGAGAAGGGAGAUCUCUUAGUCCAGCGGUAUGGCCUUUGUGACUAAGGUGGAAACAUCCUCCAUUGUUCACCAAUAUUUGCUAUCACUGAGGUAAGGCAUCCCUCCCAAAACAUUAGGAGAGAGGUGAUAGAGAUAAUAGAGGGUUGCCAGAUUUGAUUUUUUUUUUAUAAGGAGUGGGAGAGAUUCUUUUAUUUUGAACCAUUGCUUAAAGCUUUAAGUUAUAAUGACGUACAGUAAACUGCACAUAUUUAAAGUGUAUAGUUUGAUAAGAUUUGACAGUAUAAUCCACAAAAUCGUCAUAAUUGUGAUAAUGAGCAUAUAAGUCCCCCACAUAUUUACCUCAUAAUUUUUAUUAAUCUCUCUCCCUGCCCUCUCUGGCUGUCUGGACAAACUUGGAUUUACUUUCCUUUACAGUAGACUACAUUUUCUAGAAUUUUAUAUGAUUGGAAUCAUAAAGCAUUUAUUUUUUUCUGGUUUCAUAUAUACUGCAUAAUUACCUUGAGAUUUUAAAGAUUUUAUUUUUUUGAGAGAGAGAGAAUGAGAGAGAGCACAUGAGAGGGGGGAGGGUCAGAGGGAGAAGCAGACUCCCUGCCGAGCAGGGAGCCCGAUGCGGGACUCGAUCCCGGGACUCCAGGAUCAUGACCUGAGCCGAAGGCAGUCGCUUAACCAACUGAGCCACCCAGGUGCCCAUACCUUGAGAUUUUAAAAAGUUCAUUCCUUUCAUUGCUGAGUCGUAUUCUGUUAUAUGGAUAUACCACUAUUUAUAUGGAUAUACCACUAUUUGUUUUUCCAUAUAUCUGUUCCUUGGCAUCUGGGUUUGCAGGUUUUGAUGAUUACAAAUAAAACUUCUGUGAAGAUUCACAUAUAAAUCUUUAUACGGAUACAUGUUUCAUUUUUCUUGUGUUAAUACGUCUGAGUGCAAUGCUUGAAUCAUAGGGUAGGUGAAUGUUUAACUUUUUAAGAAAUUACCAAACUGAUCUGAAAUGGUUAUUUUUUAUAUUUCCUACCAGUGGUAUAUGAGAGUUUCACUACCUUCCUGGUUCCUGUGAGACAUUGGAAUUUCCACUUAACUCCUCCCUCAUAGGGUCCAUCUGCAAGGAUAUAAAACCACUCACAGCCAGGCUUGAAUAGCUCUUCAGCAACUGAGUCCCACUGCACAUGUUGCCUGUAAUCUGGUCCCUUUGGUUUGGUGGUGUCCUAUGUGACAGGCAUAGCAGGAGGUGACAGAAUGUUUGCUGACUUUCUUGUGCUAUCUGUGUAAGGAAUAAUCUUUCUCAGUCCAUUUGGGCUUGUGGUUUCCUUACCAGCCAUACCUAUGGCAGAUUGGCAAGCAAAACCUAGCAGCUGCUGCUGCAUAAAGUUUGCUUGGCUGCUUGACACCACACCUUUCAUUACCAUGACUUUCUGGUUUCUUCAUAUCUAGUAAAGAAGUCACCUUUUGGCUUUCUCUUUCAAAGUUACCUGUAAGCAAAACCAUUGUAAAAGGGGCUAUGUAUAACACUGGAGAAACAUCUUUUGUAACAGACUAAUAUAUCUAUUAAAUAAAGUGUAAUAGUUAUUUUCAAAGUGAGGACGUUAGUAAUAUAGUACAAUAUAAAAGUUGUGAUAAUGUGGAAAUAUUGGACAUUGAAUACAGUGGUUUCAUAAAGUACACAAUAAGGAGAAAUAAAUUUCUAUACAACUAAAAUUAAAAAUAUCAGGGGCUCCUGGCUGGCUGUCAGUAGAGCAUGCAGCUCUUGAUCUCUGGGUCAUGAGUUCAAGCCCCACGUUGGGUAUAGAGCUUACUUAAAAAAAAAAAAAAGAUUUCUCUCAGAUGGAGAAAAUCUUAAAGCAGUCAGAAAGGGGUAAAGCCAAUGGAAAUUUUAAAGGAAAGCUAAAAAUCUAAAACAUUAAAGAAGAAGCAGACAUAUAUCUAGAUAAUACAAUGCAAAGAAGGAAAAAUUACAGAGGGGGCAUGUUUAGAACAGGGAAACACGUGCUGCCUAGACCCAUUGUAAUAAGGAACAUCAAGGACAGGAGAAAGUUAUACACAUGUACAGUGAGAGAGAGGAACCAAGGUCAGCUUGAGCCCAUUCCUUUUCACAAUUCGUGAGUACAAGUGUACCAUGAAAUAAAAGCUUUUAUUUGUAUAUGUGCUGCCGAAGCGAGCACUGAAAUAAAAGCUUUUAAAGUAUUGAAGUAAGGGUACCUGGGUGGCUCAGUUGGUUAAGCGACUGCCUUCGGCUCAGGUCAUGAUCCUGGAGUCCCUGGAUCGAGUCCCGCCUCAGGCUCCCUGUUCGGCGGGGAGUCUGCUUCUCCCUCUGACCCUCCCUCUCAUGCUCUCUGUCUCUCAUUCUCUCUGUCAAAUAAAUAAAUAAAAUCUUUUAAAAAAAAGUAUUGAAGUAAAAAUUAUGUAUACCAAGAAUAUCCUCAGCCAGCCAACAGACACAUGAAAAGAUGCUCAACAUCACUAAUCAUCAGAGAAAUGUGAAUCAAAACCACAAUGAGUAUCACCUCACACCUGUCAUAAUGGUUAAAAUAAAAAACACGGAAAGAAAGUAUUGGCAAGGAUGUGGAGGAAAAGGGAACCGUUAUGCCCUGUUGGUGAGAAUGCAAACUGGUUCAGCCAUUGUGGAAAACAGUUUGAAGAUUCCUCAAAAAAUUAAAAAUAGAAUUACCAUAUGAUCCAGUAAUUCCACUACUGAAUAUUUACCCAAAGAAUACAAAAACAGUAAUUUGAAAAGAUACAUGCACCCUGUUUAUUGUGGCAUUAUUUACAAUAGCUAAGAUACGGAAACAACCCAAGUGUCUAGAUGAAUGGAUAAAGAUGUGUGUGUGUGUGUGUAUGAAAAUGUACACAUACUGGAAUAUUACUCAGCCAUAAAAAAGAAUGAAUUCGUCCCAUUUGCAACAGCAUGGAUGUAUCUAGAGGGUAUAAUGUUAGGUGAAAUAAGUCAGAGAAAGACAAAUAUGAUUUCACUCACGUGGAAUUUAAGAAACAAAAAAAGACAGACGUUUAAGUAUAGAGAACAGACUGGUGGUUACCAGAGGGGAGGUGGGUGAGGGAUGGGUGAAAUAGGUGAUGGGGAUUAAGAGUACAGUUGUGAGCACUGAGUAAUGUGUAGAAUUGUUGAAUCACUAUAUUGUACACCUGAAACUAUUAUAACACUGUACCUUAAUUAUACUGGAAUUAAAAUAAAUUAAUUGAAAAUUUUUUUAAUUUAAAAAGGAAAGAAUGGGCUAAGUAGUAAAUAAGCAGAAAUUUUUAAAAAAUACAUCCUCAACCAAUAUGCCGUUUGAAAGAAAAAGCAAUAGAAAUAUUUGUGGGCAUAUUAAACCUUGGAAUUUAUUUUUCCAAACUGGGAAUUUACCACAAUGACUGUCUUAA